GCCGCUUCCUCCAUCAUCUCAAAAUUCAAAAUCACUCGAGUGCCUGAAGCUCAUCAUCGAUCUCUUCCCAACAGUAUCUGUCAAAACGUAUCUAGGGUUUCUCUGAUAAGCAGGCGAAGAACUCAUAAAUUUCUACAAUGGGAGGCGAGGGCGAAGAUCUAGAGCCACUUUUUGACUAUCAUCGUGUUCAGCCGGCGAAUUUCGUUUGCAUUGACGACGACGAUUCUGAUGUCUCUGAGGUUCCGGUUAAGAAGAAAGCAAAAACUUCCCAAACGUUUGUAAUUGAAGAUGAAGAUGUGAAAGUGAUUGAAGUGGCGGGUGAUGAUGAUUGGUUGCCUCCUCCGCCAAAGGUUGUAUUCGAGAAAAAUAAAGAGCCCGGUGAAGAUUCAACCAUUAAAGCAUUGAGGUCGAAGAAGAUGGAGCUCAUGACAUUCACGAAAACUGUAGUGGAUGUGAUGCAGGAAGCCGAGGAGUCUGCCAAAAGAGAAGCUGAAGUAUCAGUCAAUCGAUCUCCAGAGGCUGCUACUCAGGCACCACCAGGGCCUAAUGACAGGGCCAAGCUUGUCCUUACAAUACAGGACAAAGAUGGGCAGAAGCAAUUCCGGGUGUAUGCGGAUGAGAAGUUUGAGCGGGUUUUCAAAAUGUAUACUGAUAAAGUAAAGCUCGACCCGCAAAACAUUGUAUUUAUUUUCGACGGUGACAAGAUUGAUCCAUCGACCACUCCUUCUAAUCUUGAGAUGGAGGAGGGUGAUAUGAUUGAAGUACACACCAAAAAAAGAUGACAAACAGCUUUCAGCAGACUGAACUCACGCACCUGCUUGUUGCAUCGGUCUGCCAAAUUUGGUGUGUCGAUCCAAUUCAACUUUUUUGAAGACCAGAGUUUGUACAUGAGCAUGAGCAUGGAAGGAAUCUCUGCUAAAAGACUCUGGUGUUGUAUCAAUGACCUUUCACAUUUUAUCUGAAUUUUUUUUCCUUUCCUAGUUUCUUUCAUCGGUUGGAUAACAUAUUCACCAUUUUUGUUUUAGGAGUGUCCAAUAUAUAGCUAAACCGAACCAUUUUGAUCCUAACAAAACC